CGAAAAUGGCUUACAAACCAACUUUCUUUGAAAUAUUUAAGGCGCAAUGCAGUGAAUCAGAUUUAGGGCCUAUAAGUCUCAACUGGUUUGAAGAACUCAGCUCAGAAGCUUCCCCUUAUGAGCCUAAAUUGUUAGGAGAACUUGAUGGUCAUAUUAGCUGGCUUGAUCAAGCCCCUUUUAAAACUCCAAGGGCAAAACCUGCUACCUACAGCCAGCUGGCUUCAACUCCACUAAUUUUUGAAGAACAGAGUACAAUAUUGCCACCUUUUUCUUCUCCUGGAAAAGAAUUGGAUCAGAAAAACAUAGAAGCAAGCAAAGAAAAUUUGAUUAGUCCAAGAAUCAUAAGAACAAAAAUAGAUCAAGGAAAUGAAACAUUUGCUUCUCCUGUUGGUGUAUGUCAUGCUGCUAGGAACACUUGCAGGACUCCACACAGAGGUAAUAUUCCAGGACAAUAUGGAAGUUUGUUUUGCACACCAAAACUUUUGGAGGUCAGAACUCCAAAACGUAUUUCUGAAAGUCUGGGAGCAGAAGUGGAUCCAGAUAUGUCCUGGUCAAGUUCUUUAGCCACACCUCCAACACUUGGCGCAACAGUGAUAAUAGCUAGAGAGAAUGAUUCUAUUUCUGAAGUAAAGCAACAAGAUGAAAGAGCUGAGAUAGUUUCACGUAAUUUUUUCUCCAAACAUGAUAAAUAUCCUGGGAGGAGUGAGACAACUAUACAGUCCAUACCAGAGGCAAUAAAGCUAAAUGCUGAAAAUGCUGAGCCAGAGAAGAUGUUAGAUGGCUCAUUUGGCGAGAUGGAUAGCUUUGAGGAUACAUUCAGCAUGCCUGCUAAGUCCAAUGGAACCCUUCCGCUGAUGCCAAAUGCCUUGGAUGCAGGAGAGAUAUGUCAAAUAACUAUAGAUAAAGCACAAGGAAGGGGGGAUGUUCCUUCUGAAGAGCCUAUUAGAAGACAGACUGGCAGUUCACAGGAAGUGAAAACAACUAGCUGGACUGAAAAAACCCAGUCAAUUGAAAUGAAGGACUCUUUACUCCAGAAAACUGAUGAAGAUAGGUGUGUUAAGCAUGCCUGUUUAACUGGACAUGAGAAGGAAUCAGAGUCGCUUAAGAUCACCAUGGAUGUGGAAGAUAACAGAAUACAGAAGUCAUCUGACAGCAGGAAGCUUGUGGAAGAAGACCUAUCAUCUUCAUCCAGUCAGUGGUCUCAGCUGAACUUAUCUGAUCUAGAUGUCGCUCACUUGGAAAUGUCUGUGUGUAGCUCUCCACCAUCUGACUUAAGUAGAGAGAAAAAUUUUGAAGAGAAAUCAGUAGUAAUGACCAAAGAGGAUGCUGUAGAAACAUCUUUACUGAAUACUUCAAGUUUGUUAAAAGCACAAAAGCUGUUGAGUGUCAAUUUGUCAGAGAAGUGCUGUGAAGUGAAAAAUUCUGAGAACAAUCCAACAUUGGAAAUACCUCCAGUAAAAUCUGUGUCUUUGAGUAUUCAAGAUCCAAAGUUACUAAAAGGAUGUGUUGCUGAAAAGGUUUCUAAAGUGAGCUUUUUAGACUGUAAUUCUUUUUUAAUUGAAAGUACAAAUGUCACAGAGUAUGCUGUAGUCUACAACAGCAGCUUUUCCAAGCAUUUAAAAGCAACUUCUAAAUCUGUCUUAACUGAUGUUCUAUCUCAUCCACUUGUAUGUGGCACUAUAUCUCCAGAUAAUUGCAGUGACCUAGAUUUAACAGAUGGUGAAAAUACUUUUAAAAAAUCUGGCUUAAAAAGGCUAAAUAUGUUAUCCAGCUUGAAAAAGAGAUCCAAGAGAUUUAUUUAUAGAAUAAAUAACACUUUACUGUAUCAAGAAGAAAAAAUUCAGAAAGAACUAACCUGUGAAUCACCUGCUCAUCCUACAUUGCCGUCUUCGGAGUUUGAUUCAUUUAAAAGUUGUCACAAGGCCAGAGAUGAUGAUCAAGGCUACCUGCUUUCUGCUGAGAGAAAGCAUUUGCAAUCUAAUAUCAAGGAAAAAAAUGUCAGUACCUGUACCAUAAAAAUGGAUAUAAUGGAUAACUCAUCUUAUAAUGCCUUCAACAGCAGGCUGAAACAACAGGAGCUGAAAGACAUGGUGAAAAAUGCAAGAGAGCAUCAACCUGUUACAUCAUUAAAAUGCUUAGAAGUAUCUAAUACUUGGAACGAAAACAUGACAGAGUCUUUAAAUAGUGAAAGAAUUUCAAAUAUAAAACGUAAAGUUCUAACUUCAGCAUGCCUUAUGGCAAGAAAGCGUUCUAGACUGCUGCCUGAAGGCUAUUGCUUAGAGAAAGAGAAGGAGGAUAUGUAUAUGAGUAUUAAUGUGAAUGAUGGAGCUAUUGUACCUCAGGGCCUUAAAGGACAACUCGCACCAUCUUCCGCUGGUAAUAGCGAAUGCUUGAUUGUUACGCAGCAUGACACAACAUCUCUGACAAACAGUAGUUUCAAUAAUACUUCGAGUCAAAUCACCUUUGACAAAAAUAAGGUCAGUAGUGAUUGUUGCAAUAAAAUAUCAACUGAAAAAAAGCAUGCUACAGACCAGUUGUCAGCAGUUGAAUGUAGAGAAAUACUUGCGCCUUUGAGAAUAAAAGGCUCAGAAAAUUGUAAUACUGAAUUAAAACAAGGGGAAGAAAUAGAUAUAGCUUCCUUUUCAGAAAUUGUAGCUGACAAUCAAGAAACAAAGUCAAUGGAAAACAAUGAAAACCUUCAAGCAACUGCUUGCAAUACUGUAGGUGCAGUGAGUACUAAAGAGUUGUUGGAUUCUAUAGAUGAUAAUUCUUUAAAUGAAGUAAUUUCUGGAAAAGAUAAACAGACAGUACCAGAUCUUUUUGCACAAGAUCAUUUUGCAACCAUAACUCAAAAAGCAAGACUUUAUCUGUCAAAGAAGGUACCUAACCCUAACACUGAAGAAAAACAUUACUUAAAGAAGACAAAUGUAAUUCCUUCUAAACAUAUUGUGCCAUACAAAGAUGUAUAUUCAUUAAAACCUAUGUGUUCCAACAAAAAUCCAAAUGAGAACCUAGAGCUUAAAGAGAGGUGGUCAGGAAAUCUAAAUGCAUGCCGUUUAAAUCUGAGCUUCAGUGGCUUUCAAACUGCUUCCAAUAAGCAGAUUAAAUUCUCUGAAGACAGUGUAGCAAAAGGCAAAAUGUUGUUCAAAGAUAUUGAAAAUGAAUGCUUUGAAGCCUCUUCCAUGGUAAGAGUCAAAAAUAUUUCAGAUCAAGUCAAAAAGGAAAAUAUGUUUUUCUCAGAUGUGGAAAGCAAUUUGAAUAGUAAUUUAUCUGAUUCUUUAGAUCCACGGGCAAGUUUUCUUGAACCUAGGCAUACACAGUUUAUUCCACAUAAAGUUGAUCUAUGUACAGAUUUUCCUGGAAGUCAACAAUCCUUGCAAGAAUCAAAUCAAACUUUGACAGCAAGCCAAGAAGCUGAAAUUGCUGAACUUUCUAAUAUCCUGGAAGAAACAGGCAGCCAGUUUGAAUUUACACAGUUUAGAAAGCAAAGUAACGUGUUACAAAGUCAUAUUUCUCAACAGUUUGGAAGUGGAGAAACAAAUAGAACAACCAAUAUAGAAAAUAUUUCUAAAAUAUGGAAAGAUACUGAUUUUUGUAAUGCUGUUAAAUCUGAAAAUCAAGUAAGCAGGAAGUAUUGUAGUAAGCAGGAAGACACAAAUAAAGAGUCUAAAAUGAUAGAAUAUGAAAAAGAGAACAAAAUUAUUUUCUAUAAAAAUAACAAAGAGGUUAUUUUUACUCAUUUAGAUGGAAAUGGAAGUAGAGUAUCUGAUGGUCAAAGCUUUCCAGUGCCCAUACAGGACAGCUUUUCUAACUUUGUAGGCUUUACUUCAGCUGGAGGUAAAAAAAUAAAUAUUUCUAAAGCUGCUUUGACCAGGUCUGCAGAGCUGUUCAGGGACUUGGAUGAUGAUAACUACUUCUUUAAAUCUUCUGAAACUAAUACCAGAUGCCAGAGUUCAAAUGGACUUAAGUCUUCUGACUGGAAUUUUUUCGGAUGCCUGACAAAAGAAAACAGAGGAAAAACAGUUUGUGUUAAAAACUUUAAAAGCACAGAUUCUGACUUCUGCACAGGUUCUGUUUCCCACCAUUCAGAGAAAAAAUAUGAGGAAAAUAUCAGUACACUGUUUGGGAGAAAUACAGAAAAUUGGACAAAAAGAUCAAGAAAUGAUGAUGAAAACAUUGAUUUUAGUUGUACGAAUAAUGGUAGGUAUUCUGCCUGUGACAUGGGAAACAGUCUGUCAUCCAUUACAAAACACAACCAGAAUCUGAAAAUUUCCAAACAAUUUUUGAAUCAAGGAGAUUACCAAGUUGAAGGCAAUUUGCAAGAAGACUCAUUAGAUGUGACAUGUUUAGGAGAUGCUACUACCACUGGAGGAAAACAUAGUUUGAGUAUAUCCAGUGAAAUGGAAAAACUGGUUCCUAAUCAGAAAGGACAAGAGAGAAAUCAAGAAGAUAAAUACUCACCACAGAGAUUGCAAACUGCAGCUGAUGGUGAUAUCUCCAUUUCUGAUGCAUCUUUGGAUGAUUCUGUAUACUUGCUCAAGGUAAAACGUGGAGAAAGAGAUGUAAGUGUUUCAGAGAACUCUGAUAAACAAAAGACAAAUAGUAUGGGAGAAGCAGACACCACCCUUGGUAAAAACCUGUUUGUAAACCACAGCAAAAUAAAAAUAGGCUCUUACCAUCAUCAUCAAAUGCCUUUUCAGCAAGAGAUGGAUGUUGAACAAAAUGCAGUUAAAGGGAGUUAUCCAUCUGGUUUCCAUACUGCGAGUGGCAAGAAAAUAACAAUUGCUGAUGGAUUUUUGGCUAAGGCCAAGCAGUUCUUUGCAGAAGACGAUGUUUUAGGAAAGGAACAGAGUGACAAUUUCGAGGACCCCUUAAAGAAAAGAAGAUGUAGUACGGACUGUGUCAAAGACUGUGACUCAUAUAUUGAAAGCACUGCUCAACAUGAUUCAGAAACACUUAAUUUUAAUGAAAACCUUCUUUCUAAAGAAACUGGAGAUCAGUUUAAAAAGACAGUAGAGCAUAGUCCCUUUAAACAAACUGGUAUUCUUGAUACUGUUCAUAAAGAUGCAAUUAUUAAUGCAGGUAAAGAUUGUGAAAGAAAUUUUGGAAUUCAAAGUGCAUGGAAAAAACGUGAUGUCACAUUUGGAAAGUCACAAUACUUUCCUGGAAAAGACAGUGAUGCUUCAAGUGAAACUUCAUUGUCUGAGGGUGAAAAACUGUUUGCAGAGAGAGACAUGGAAUAUUUGGCAAAAAAAAGCAAUCAUUCAGAAAACAUACGUGAUUGUCCUGUGCAAUCUACUGUAUUUCCACACUUAAUGAAGGUAUCGAAUGACCUUGCAGAUGAUUCUGUGUGUAGAGAUGCAAAAAAUAGUUUAUUUGUUGAGUGUAGUAAAAAUAAUCACUCCUUCCUCUUAACUUACAGCAGUGUUUCAAAAUGUAGCUCUUCUCAUUUGAAUUGUGACAGUAAGGAAUUUAACUUAGAACAUCUAAAUGAAUCUUGUCCUUAUACAAACUGCUUCACAAAUACCACAGUUAAUGCUCACCAAGAACAGUCCCUAGCUGGCGGUCCUGAAGAUGAAACUAAUUUGACCACAUUAGAAGAAACAUCAUGUAGUUUUAACGCUGAAAAACACAUGGAGGAUCUGAAACCAAUUGUGAUUAGUACAGCAAAAGGUAAAGCAGUUUCAGUUUCAAAAAAUGCAUUAGCAAGAGUCAGAGAAAUGUUUCAAGACAAUGGUGAAUUUGUAAAACCCAAAACUGAGUCUACAUCAAAAACUAAUCAGAUGGAAGUUGCUGCAAAUUCAUCUUUCAUUGUUCAUGGUCAGUGUCCUGAUUCUGCUAAACUGUUAAAUGCUGCAAAAAGUGAGGAGACUAAUUCAGUUGCAUCCCAUUUCAUUAAUGUAAAUGAGAAUGCAGGUGAAAAGGGACACCAUGAUACAAAUACGCUUGCAGAUGCAGAGUCUGUUCCAAAUUCUCAGAUGCAGUGCUUUGAACAGAAUAUUAAGCCUUUAGGACACUUGCCUAUGCCAGAUAAGCAAAUAAAGCAGUCAGAUUUUUCUAUGGGUAAUCUUGGAUUUUUUAGUACAGCAAGUGGUAAACCAGUGCAAUUGUCAGAAGAGUCACUAAAGAAAGCUAGGCAGCUCUUUUGUGAAAUGGAAAAUAAUAGUUCCUCAGGUCUGCAAGAAAUACUUUCAGUUGAGGAAGAUGUUAAAAAGUCUGAAAUGAGCACUGAAGCAGUUCCUAGGAAAACAGGGGUAAUACUACCAAAAGAGAGAGAAAAUUCCAAUACUGAAUUGAUUUUACAUCCUGCUUUUGGGUUCAGCACUGCAAGUGGAAAGCAUGUUAAAGUCUCUGAAAAUGCCUAUCAGAGGGCAAAGGCAAUUUUGGAAGAUUCUGAUAACUUUGUGGGCAAUAGGCUUUGCAUUACAAAUCAAUUUAGUUCAACUAAAGACAGUGGUCAGCCUGUAAAAUCUCUAACUGAUUGUGGUGAUACAGCCAAAAUAGUAGAUAAAGUAAUCUCAGCAUCCAAAACUGAAGAAAACUUCAGUGAAGAACUUGAAUUAGAAGGCAUCUACCCAGCAGAAAUGAAACCUCUUCCAAGCUCGCACCAUGUUAAAACGCCUGAGCACAUACCGUGUAGUAAGAAAGACAAACAGUUAACAUUAUUUAAAAAUAGUUUUCAGCAAGGACAGACUUCUCUGGGAGAAGGGCAGCAGAAUCUGGAGAUGGAAACAAAGUCUGAAGCAGUUUCAUGCAGUUCUAUUGCUAAAGGAGAAAGGAACAUUAACCUUGCGUGUUUCCAAACUCCAAAAAAUUGCUUGGAAGUGGAGGCUGUAGAAAGUGCAAAAGCUUUUAUGGAAGAUGAUCUUUCACAUUCUGGAGUACGAAUUAAUGCCACACAAUCCUUUGGUGGCAGAAUGCUGGAUAAAAACUUUCAAAAUAAGAUGUUUGGGAAGAGGCACUUGGAAGGAAAUUCCUCACUCGGAGAACCUCCAAUUAAAAGACAGCUGCUACCUGAAUUUGACAGAACAAAGAAUCCCACCGGAUCUUUGAAAUCUUUGAAAAGCAUCCCUGAUGGCAUUUUCAAAGACAGAAGAAAAUUUAUAUACCAUGUUCCUUUAAAACCUAUAACUUGUGGACCUUUUGGUUCUACUAAAGAGCGACAAGAAGUCAAGAAUCCUACCUUUACUCUUCCAGAUCAAGACUUCAAAGGAUUUAGAUCUAAAUCUGCCAUUUUUCAGCACUGUGCACUAAGAGAGUCUUCAAGUGGUACUUCAGGGUUUUCUACUCCACGUAAGGCCUUGACUGAAGAGACUGAAGAAGCAAAAAGUUUGUACAAACCUAGCAAAACUGUUAAAACUUUUAUUCCACCCUUCAGAACAAAGCUGACUUUUUCUACAGAUGAACAAGAUGGCAGCAGCGGAUGUGACUCUCUGAUCAGCAAAAAUAUGACUAAAGAGAGGGAAACAGAUUGGAUCACAGUUAAACAAAAUAUUGCCGAAGCUCACCAUCCCCAAUCAGAGGGGAGCAGUUACAUCCAGCAAGCAGCAGACAAUGACUUAGAAAAUGGCAAUUCAGCUAUGAGCAAGAUGAUGACAAAUCUCCACUGUGCAAGACAUCUGCAGGAAAUGAGAAUUAAAAAGAAAUAUAGCCAAAAUGUUAGCUCACAACCAGGCAGUCUUUAUGUCAUAAAAACGUCUGCAAGAAAUAGAAUCUCUCUGAAAACUGCAGUAGAAGAGACGUCUCCUAGUUCUUAUUCUGUGGAACAGCUUUACACAUAUGGUGUUUCAAAACAUUGCAUACAAGUUAACAGUGUGAAUGCAGAAUGUUUUCAGUUUCUCAUGGAAGAGUUUUUCAGUAAGGAGUAUUUACUAGCUGGACAUGGGAUGCAACUUGCUGAUGGAGGAUGGCUAAUACCUACAGAUGAGGGUAAAGCUGGAAAAAAGGAGUUUUACAGAGCCCUCUGUGAUACUCCUGGUGUGGAUCCCAAGCUAAUAACGGAGGCAUGGGUUUACAAUCACUAUAGGUGGAUUGUAUGGAAAUUGGCAGCCAUGGAAGUGUCUUUUCCACAUAAGUUUGCUAAUAGAUGUUUGACACCAGAAACAGUGUUGUUGCAAUUAAAAUACAGAUAUGAUUUGGAAAUUGAUAAAAGUAAACGAUCAGCAAUCAAAAAAAUAAUGGAGAAAGAUGAUACAGCAGGUAAAACACUUGUACUGUGUAUUUCUAAGAUCAUAUCACUAAAUACCAUUGCAUCUCCUAGCAGUAACAACAACAGUGUGGAAAGUAAAAAAGAAGCAACAAUAAUUGAAGUUACCGAUGGCUGGUAUGGGAUUAGAGCUCUUGUGGAUCCGCCUCUCAAAGCGUUCUUGCAUAGAAAGCGACUGACUGUUGGUCAGAAGAUCAUAGUACAUGGAGCAGAACUCGUUGGCUCUCAGAAUGGAUGUACACCACUGGAAGCACCAGAUUCCCUUAUGUUAAAGAUUUCAGCUAACAGUACUCGAUGUGCACGAUGGCAUGCAAAACUAGGAUUUCAUCGGGAUCCCAGACCUUUUCCUUUGCCUUUGUCAUCGCUUUACAGUGAGGGUGGUGCAGUGGGGUGUAUUGAUGUAGUUAUUCAAAGAACUUAUCCUUUUCAGUGGAUGGAGAAGACAUCAACUGGGUCAUAUGUGUUUCGGAACAGUCGAGCUGAAGAAAGGGAAGCUGCCAAGUAUGCAGAGGAUCAACAAAAGAAACUGGAAGCUCUGUUUGCAAAAGUCCAAGCAGAAUUUGAAAAGCGUGAAGAAAGAACUAGCAGAAAAGUUCUGAGAUCACGCAUAGUCACAAGACAGCAAAUCCGUAAUUUGCAAGAUGGUGCAGAACUUUAUGAAGCAAUUCAGAAUGCAUCUGAUCCUGGCUAUAUGGAGGGAUAUCUCAGUGAAGACCAGUUAAAAGCUUUGAAUGCUCACAGGCAGAUGAUGAAUGAUAAAAAGCAAGCUCAGAUACAGGCAGAAUUCAAGAAGGCAGUAGAGUCUGCAGAACAGGAGGAACUUGGUUAUUCCAAAAGGGAUGUGUCUACUGUAUGGAAAUUAUGUGUGGUAGACUACAGAAAGCAAGAAAACCAUAACGGAGUGAUGCUAAGUAUCUGGCGUCCACUGCUAGAUGUUUGUUCCCUGCUGAAGGAAGGAAGUCGGUACAGAAUCUACCAGCUAUCAGCAUCACAGUCCAAAGGAAGAUCGGACCCAGCUAAAAUACAGUUAACAGCAACAAAGAAAACUCAGUAUCUACAAUUACCAAUCUCACAAGAGAUGCUGCCACAGAUUUUCUUUCCUCGAAAGGCUCUGGCAUUCACAAGUUUAUUGGAUCCCUCUUUUCAGCCACCAUGUGCUGAAGUUGAUUUAGUGGGAGUUGUAGUUUCUGUGGGCAAAACAGGUUUCACUAGUUUGGUGUACUUAUCUGAUGAAAACUAUAAUCUAGCAGCAGUAAAGAUCUGGACAGAUCUUAGACACCUUGCUAUUGAAGAUAUAGUUGUCCGCUGUUCGUUCAUUUCUGCAAGCAACCUUCAGUGGCAAUCUGAAUUCAGAUCAGAAAUUCCUGUGCUCUCGGCUGGAGAUCUGUCUAUAUUCUCUGGCAGUCCAAAGGAAAACUAUCUUCAAGAGAGAUUUAAUGAACUGAGAAGUACGAUAGAGAAUGUGGAUUCUUUUUGUUCUGAUGCUGAAAGCAAAUUGAUGAAUUUGCUCCAAAGGAAUGGCCCAUUUACACCCAACUUACCUAAAAGAUAUGGCUUGGAGUGCCUUUCCCCUUCCUGCAACUCAGGCCUUUUUGCAGGGCAUAAAAGUUUGAUCUCUUCUUCUAAUAUUGAAGUAAAGUAUCAUAGCCCUUUGUCAAAUAGCAUACCAAAUUUGAAACUUAUCCCACAAGGCUCAGCAAAAAUAUCUUCAUCUGCUACUACUAAUGAAGACCAUCCCAAAAACAGCAAAAAGAGAAAAGCUGUGGACUUGCUCAGCCGCAUACCUGCCCCUCCACCAUUGACACCCAUCUGUUCAACUGUUUCUCCAUCUUUAAAAAAGGCAUUUCAGCCUCCGCGAAGUUUGGGUUUUCAGCCUAGCAAGUCACCAAAAGAAAUAAAUUGGAAUAUCAGUCAUGUCACCUCGUGUAGAAAAUUGAGAGAGACUGUCCAUCUUCCUGAGAAUGAUCUGGUUGCGGAUGAAGAACUUGCGAUGAUUAAUACACAAGCACUCAUAAAUACUUUACCAGAAGAAAAGAAGAUUGAUUGUGUAAAUGAAACUAGCAGUACAAUAGCUACUGAUUUUUCUGAUGAUCUUUCACGAAAAAAUAGUUCUAAAUCUGCUGGGGAAGCAAAUAACUCUCAAAGCUGUGCUGAAUGAGCUGAGGCUUUUCAGGACACAAAGGACGCUGAGGGCUCAUUAACAGACCUCAGAAAGCUACAGAGACAAAAAAACCAAAAAUGCUACUAG